GGCGGAUCAAAUUUACCAAUCAAAAAGUCGCCCGCGAGUGGUGUGUCCAAAAGUCCAAACUCUCAUUACUUGAGGAACCCCCGUAUAUAUACGAGACAUACGAUGCGCCCUCGUGGUCGCAGACGCAAAAGCAGCGGGUCGAUUUUCCGUACAUCAACAGACAGCGGUGGUGGUACUGUCAGCGUUCUCAGCUGACGCACAAAAAGGAUAAUAGUACAACGUCGAAAAUGUCGUUUGGCGAGAAAAUAGCAUCGAUCAUGCAGAGGCCCGGACAGGACCCCGUCGCCAAGGACGACGUGCCCUGGUGGAUGAAGUACGCGGGUCGUGGACUCGGCACCGUAGGCAGCAUAAUUGCGAUCUUUCUCGGUGCCUGGAACUGCGCCGGUAUACUCUUGGGUCAGAUCGAUUGCUUAAUUAGCGGUAUGUGGCAGAUGGUAGCUGGUUUUCUGGUCGUAAUGGUCGAAGCGCCUUGUUGCUGCCUGUUCAUCGAUUUUGUACAGAAUAUAAGCGACUGGGUGGAGAAGAAGCCUUAUUGGAAUAGAGCGGCCGCUUACUGUUUAAUAGCAUUACCAGCAGUCUUCCUAUGUCCUGGACUGAGUAGCAUAUUUGGCAGCGGUUUAAUAUUUACAACGGGUAUAAUAUACGGAUUGAUGUCCCUGGGCAAAAAGGCACCUUUUGGCGAAAUGAGAACAGCAGCGAUGGAUGUUCAAGCUCCAUCAUCGAGCAUGCGGUCCACACUAGUUGAAAAUAUUCAGCCAAUCGGUGUUAGCAGUACCCCAGCUAGUAUUGUUUGAUCGUUAGGAAUUAAUUGGGUGAGCAAUCUAAUUUUUUGUUUUGUACGAAUGAUCAUCAAGUGAUAACUAAUCGUUUAAAUGAUCAAUAGUUUAAAUAAGUAAAUGAGCGUUGCGCGUUUCGUUUUACUCUAACGUCGAUACAAAUUGUAAUUUAAGCGUCCCAAUAAUAACUCCACAAGACAUUUAUCAGGACUUUGGGACAAGGUCGAAUACAAAUUGUAUCACGAACAUAUAAAUUCAAACGUGUUAUGAUCUGAGAAGAAAUCUAGAAAGCAAGUUCUUGAACUUUAAUACUUAGUACCGGGAUUUCUCUAUUUUAAUCCAUCUUCAUUUCGAUGUUUGAAACACAUUGAUAAGAGUUGUAUGCGCUUGUUAUAUCUUAUGUUUGUAUGAAAUGUUGUAUAUAAAACGGAGUGGGAUACAUUACGAAGACAGUAUAGAAAAAGAUUUGUUGCUUCAUUUUAAUAAUGCCAAAGUCAAAGACUGUCAUAGAAAAUGAUGUUCAUGGGCCUAGCUAUCCAAUAGGCCCAUCUGUCCAUUGUAUGUCAUGAAACGUUAACAGGCAGAACGGUAGAAAAUUGUAGAUGAUGUAACUUGUUUUAACGUAUGUAAUAUUAAAACGCUUUAUUUUGCAAACAAUUAGUUAAGUAAGUCAACCCGACAAAUGAAACUGAAUAAUACUUCCGCAUUUGAAUUGUAAAACACAUCGUUUUCAGAAUGUCAUACAAGAAGCGUGAAAGUUAUAAUAUAUUAGUUUGAUAUUCCUUUUAUGUAUAAUAUUACGUCUAUAGAUAAGCCUCUCUCUGCCAAAUGAAACUGUAUAUCCAUAAAAUUUAAAUGUGUUUGGAAACGCUAUUUGUAUAUUUAUGCGGUAUUACAAUUCUUAUUGUAGCAUUGUAAACUUCAAUUUGAUUAAGCCACAAAUACGUGCGCAGGGUGAGUUAAAUCUUUAGCGUUUGUAAUCUCUCGGCAUGUAAUUGUAAUCUAAGACUUUGAUGGAUGAAACAUUCCGUUUCAUUUUUCUUUGCUGCAUACGUAUUGGAGUUAUUUUAUUUUUAUUUUUUACAAUUAAAAUGGACUAGCGCAGUUAUGUAACGCGUUUAUAUCAAAGAAAAUUCACAUACCAUAUAUAUGUAAAACCAUCUUAUCGUGCGAUAUGGCAGAGGGACAUAAUAAUCCUUAUGAUUGGCACAAUUUCAUGUCAGGCGAAUUUUGUAUAAUCACGAAUUUGAAUAUUGCAUACAUACAGGUUGUGUUACUUCAUUGUAUUAAAUUUUAGUGAUAGGCUUCUUCAUCCUUCUCGAUAUUAAGUUAAAGUCAAGUCAAAGCAUUAAAGUCAAGUUUUCCUUAAAAAAAAAAAGAGAGAGUAGGUUGUAAGAGAAUUCCCAAAUAUCUACUAUAUUACUACGUGACAUAUCGUGUAUAUAUGCAUGUAUUCUUACGGAUGCCUAUACCGCACGAUUUCUAAUAGUUCAUUUAAACGAUUGAAAAUAUGCAUAUGUUAGAAAUUGUGAGCAAAGGCACUUAGGGCACUUAGCCGCAUGAAUAUUAGCUUCGUAUUGUUCUACCUGCGUUGCGCUUUCUAAAUUACUGAGAUUAGAUGUGCCAAAAGCGCUUGUUAAUCACCAUAGUCAUUAGCUGAAUUUUUUAUUCGUAAUAUCCGUGCCGAUAUAAACCUUUUCGACAUCGUAUACAUUUCUUUCGUAUUCGAAACUUAUAAAUUUGUAUUACAAAUUGUUCUCUCCUUAUCCCACACAUUCCUCAUAUAUGUUACUUAAUUUAUUUAAGAAAAAGAAACUGUAAGAUGUUGUAUUGUCGUCUGGCUUUUACUCGAUAAAUGAUUUAUAUUAGAGAAAUGAUUGCUCAUAAUAAAAUAAAUUCUUGUGAUCGAUGCAGUUACGUGCGUGUGCUGUCACACAAUAAGAGAAAUAUCGAAAGCAUGUAUGUGUCUGGUGUGUCAUUGAUUAUACAGGGUAUCUCACUUCCAAGGAACGAGCCGUUAAAGUAAUUUUUUAAGUAAAUUAAAGACCUAAUAUUAAAUCCUAAGAUGUCAAUGCAUCUCGAUAGUCUUUUAAAUUAUAAGCAAUUGAGAAUAGAUUUUUUUUCUAAUCAAGAAAUUAGAAGGAAAUGAGGAAAUCUCCAAGAGAUUAGAGAAAACACAGUUUUAAUCUUUGUUUUGUCUCAAGUAAAUCAUCAUGAAAAAAUGUGUUUAUCUGUUUCUGAAUUUUAACGUCAAAAUUUAAAUAGCUAUAUGUCAAUUAAUAAAAAUGUCUCGUUAUUUCUCGUUGAAGAAAAAAUUGAUCAAAUUCAUAAAUAGAUUUUAUCAUUAAUGAUUGAACGAUUGAUCGAUUGGCAAAAGUGGAAUAUCCUGUAUAUGCUACGUAUAAUUGCUGAGUAUUUUUUAUUUGAAUUCUCAAGAUUAAUCAGCAUAUAUUAGAAUAAUGGAAUGUAAUGUCCUCGCGAUUAAUAAAUAUAAUGAAGAGCAAAAAUGAGGUUUAGAUGUAAUGAGUAGAAUUGCAUUUGCACCAAGUUUUUUUUCUUCUAUAGCCUCGUCGCGCCUUCUCUUCCAGCAAUUGGUCGGAAAAUCGGUCGCAAGAGCGAUAGAGGAAAAACGAUAAUGAAUAAUGUUCAAUCACGCUAUAUUCGAGAUAGGAUAACAUUCUUGCUCUCCAUUACGUAACAAUUGAAGGAUAUAUGUGAUUAUUAUUCUAUUAGAGUGAUUCCGCAAUAUUGCUGUAUUCGUUGAGAAAAGUUAAUUAUGUUUUAAGUAAGUACAGCUUAUUUAAGAUAUAGAAAACCAUAUGUUCUCUGUGGGAGUAAAAAUUCAAGAUAUUGCAUAGCAAUGCGUGUGUUGGUUUCAUUCCGCUGGACUUGUAUAUUUGUCUCAUAAGCGCUCCUUUUCCAUAUAAGCCUCAUACAAAAAGCUUGCACCGAGAAAAAUGCGGAGAGAGAAGUUUACACAUUGGAAAGAUGUCCUUUUGUCUUGCGAAUGCAGUGAAAACUUUGUUCUUCGUUAAAAGUUUAGUCAACGCUACAAAUCGAUGUUCUUUGUUGAUUUAAUUAAAACGGUACUCUGUUUACUGUGUCGGCAAAUUCUGUUGACAAAACACUGCAAAUUUAAUGAGGACAUAAAUUGAUGGACAUGCUAAUCCGCGAUAAUUUCCAGAACGAAUGGAGAUUAAAUGUGUUGCCAAAUUGGAGAUAUACAUGCCAUUAAUAUUUCGUUAAAUAUCCAAUUCCUUUUCGGAAUAUUAAAUGGGCGGGCUUUUUUGCUGAAAAAAAUAAUUUUCCAAUUUAGAGCUAUCUCUCUCAGAUCAUUUUUCGAAUGGUAUGUAAACAAUGUUCUAGUAAUAAUAAAUAUAGUUCGAUGUAAUAAGUAAUAUAGGAAGAGAAUGAAUAAAUAGUGAAUGGUUUAUUUAUCAUUUGCGUUACUUUUUAAGGCUUAUUCGAGUAAACUUAAGUGGCCACAUGCAAUAUUGUACAUACAAAGAAAACAAAUUUGUCACGGAUGUAAUAGAAAUUGUAGUAUUUGAUUAGAUGCGUAAAUUGAUAUAAACAAAUUGUGCAUAUAUAUUAUCUGACAAUGCAAGUUAACAGGCAUACGUGACUAAUUAGUUGGAUUGGAUUGAAUUCAUUAUAAUUUAACAUUAAAUAGCUAAAAGAUGAAGAAAUGAAGGUAUAUUAAUUAUUAUUGAUAUAAUUGAUUAUGAAAAAUCGUCAUUCUAUUUAAAUCGAUCACUUAUACAAUCGAUCUAUAUUCUGUUAACGUGCAUGUGAGUAUUUUCUUUUGUUAGAAACACGAGGACCAGAGCUUAUCAGGUAAAAGUUUGAACUUUUUCCGGUCCGCCAUUUUCAGAUCAUGUUUCAAAAAUGUUCAAAUCAGUUUAUUAUACCUAUGCUGUUUAUUUAUUAAUAAAGGAAUUUAAUUCGAUA